AUGAAUUCUCGUAGAGCUUCGCUAUUAAAUGUCGAUAGCGCAGCAGAGGUAUCUUGCUCAUCUUCCUGUGGCACGCCAGAGAAAUAUGUUGAUGAGCACUGUUCCUCUGUAGCUGCCGAGUCUUCGUCGAAUGAAGUUGGAAGUUCUGAGGCCGGUGGUUUGCUGAACGUCAUUUGCAGCGACUGGCAAAAUUCUCUAAGGCAUGAAAUCAACGUGGAACUUCCUGAUUCCUGUGUUUCUUCCUCCAUUACUGAAAACUUUUAUCAGCCUGUAGAACAAAACAACUCACAACAUCCGCAGCACCAGAUCAAUCCGAUUGCAGAAUGUGUUCCUCCCGGUGAUCUCACGGUGCAGAUUGGAAAAGGUUUGCACUGCAGCUUCAUUAUCGAUUCUGACCAAAGUCCGAAGCUUCUUGAUGACAGGCAUCAGAAUAUUCAUUCCAGUAGCACCAUCGAUCGGGUUGGACUUGAUGGUAAAUUUAUGCCCGUGUGA